AUGCUACAGCCGUCUUAUGGACUUGGACCAAAACUAUUAAAAAUUCAUAAGCUGAAAGAAUGGAAUGCAAAAGAGAACUUGCAUUCCAUUUACUUGGAAUUUCUAUACCCUCUCGAAUACUAUCCAACACAAACAAAUUGUCCGCCCUUCAUAAUUAAAAAUUUCUAUUGGUUUGUUUUUUCAGAAGCUGUUAGAUCAGUGUUCAGAUUAAGUGAUGCAAAAUUGAACAUAGAAUGGCCGAAACUCCAUGAAGUUUUCUUACAAAAACGACGAAAUAUAAUGCGAUUAAGAAAUAAAACAACACCAGCAAGAGGAAGAGCAACCACACCAUUAGAAACAAAUAUAACAUCACCAACUACAGCAUUAUGA